AUGAAGCGGAAUCGCAUCCAUUUUGAGGCCAAUGGCGAUGCGUCGUCCGCUUCUCCCCAAGGCGGCUUUACCCCGGAGGACUCGCGGGCACCGAACCAUGUCCCGAAGAUCUCGCGGAGGAUACGCGCAUGUACCGAAUGUAAGCGACACAAGGUGCGGUGCGACAUGAAGGCGGGUGAGGUGACAUGUUCGCGAUGUCGGCGUAUGGGAUUGGAGUGUGUUGUCAACAAGAGUCUUCAGACGCUACUGGAGGAUGAAGCCGAAUGGAAGACCGUGAUUGAGCUGGCAAUGACAGAUUUGUUGAGGAAGGCUCAGCUUCCGGAACUAUCAUACUACCAGGCCGGCGGUGGAACUAUCGAGACGCCUUCGAAGAAACGGGGCCGGAAAGAGUCAACUGCGUCGGUAGAUGAUACUCUUGCUAUGGGACACCAGAGAACCGAUUCAAUGGAUUACCCUGCGGGAAAAGCAACUGGAUCAAGCUCGUCAAGCUAUACAUUUUCGCAGCCACAGCCGCAAUUCUCUAUAGACCACGAGGAAACAAGUGCUACAUCGUUGGUAACGGCCCCCAUGGGGAGUUUAUAUGAGGUGACACAGCUCAGUGAGAAUCGUGAGAGCUCUCCCGGACAGCAGUCGCCGGAUCAGGCAUUGGUGACUGAUUUCAUAUCGCGCGGAGUGGUGGACCUACAAGAAGCAGAGGAGUUGUUCUAUCACUUUGACCAAGUGCUUAACCGUUACCUUUGGGACGGAGCAUUGUUGGCACAUAAAGAUCUGACAUCGGCUCGGCGGUCAUCGUCUAUGUUGUGUGCUGCUAUCAUGGCUGUAACGGCGUUGCAUAUGCCUACUAAAGAGCGCACUUUUGACACUUGCUAUACUGAGUUUGCCAAACUCGCGUCUGAGUCUAUGCUCGGACACCAUCAUACCAUGGACGAUGUUCGAGCCUUGUGCAUUGGUGCUUUUUGGCUGGCAGACGUGAGCUGGAAGCUUUCUGGAUACGCGGUUCGCAUCGCCACUGAACGCAACUUGCAUCAAUUCUACCGCAAAGCCCUGGCAGGAUCUCCUGAACAUAAGGAACAGGCCAGGUUGUGGUACCUGCUCUAUACCCUUGAGCAUCACUUCUCCAUCGCAUAUGGUCGACCGCCGAUCAUUCACGAGGAUCUCGCAAUAACCAACCACAACACCUUCACAAAAUCGCCAAACGUAUCCCAGGGAGACCUACGACUACAUAGCCAAGUUGACCUGUUCAUAAUUCUCACCCGUAUCUACUUUGCAUUCGGCCCCGAUGUCGAUCUCGAAGUGCCAGAGAGCGAAUUCCCCAAGAUUGACCAGUACGACUUGGAUCUGGGAGACUGGAAAUCAGCAUGGCUACCAAGGCUCGCUGGGAGUCGUCACGUCGGUGCAUAUCCCUACAAAGCCGUCUACAUGCACUACCAUUUCUCUCGACUCCAGUUGAAUUCAGUCGCCUUGCGUACUUACCACUCUUCAACCUCAUCACGAGUUAUGUCACCGGAACGCAGAAAGCGGGCCAACAUUGCCAUUGAAUCGGCCGUCGCCACUUUGCAGGUCUGCCUAGACGAGCGUGACAUUCAGCGGGCGCUGGUUGGCGUGCCGCUGUACCUCCACAGUAUGAUCACUUUCGCAGCAGUCUUUUUAUUGAAGAUCGCAGCCAAAUCAUGCUCCAACGGCUCAAACCUGGGCCCUAGUCAACACAGCUCGAUCGCCUCGGCUGGUUUGCUUGUCGACGUCGGAUAUGUUCGGGUCCUUGUUGGUCGGACUGUUGAGAUGAUGGUUGAAUGUAGCCAGCGUGCAAGCGAGCGUCACCUUAGCCAUCACAUCGCACGCGGUCUUCGGAAGAUGCUCACUGGACUCGAAGAAUGGGAGAAGCGGAACGGCAACCCACAGUCUAUGGUGUCGACUCCGCGAGAGACGCCCUCCUUGUUCAAGCCGGUCAUCAUCCCCGGCGCCCAGAUUUUAGGCGAGCGAGACACUAUCUUGAACCACCCCCCUCCGUUACUAGGAGUGGCACCUUUGUCCGCGGAGCGCAGUAAUGGAUUCGAGCCCAUGGGCAAACCCGAGACAGGUCUCUCAGCGGGCUCUAUGGAUCCGAUGAUGGCGGAUCUGUGGGGAUUCGACGAGGACUAUUUCCCCACAGGCGUGUUUGACUUCCUGCAAAGCCAGAUGCCGGCGUAA